AACCUCCUUAGCACGAAUACUCCUUUAAUCUGCAGUCAGCCAUUGUCAAAAGAGGUGAUACUCGUUUUCAGCAAGGAGUUUGGUUAAUUUUCACUUAACAUGACGUCAGUGUUUUGUUUUUGACAUUAGGAGAUCGAUCCGGUGAAAUUUUAGGUGUACCCACAGAAUGAUCUGAAGUUUUUUUCCGCAUACAAAUAGACCCAAUAUAACCAUUCAGGAUGCAGUUGUGGAAGUUUUCUAUCAAGUCUGUGGGGCCGCAGCUGAAGUUUAACCCUUCGAAGCCGAGUAUAGAGAACUUCGCCUUCAAACUGCAUUACAGAGCGACGGUGGUGCUGCUGCUGGCGUGCGUGGUGCUGGUCUGCGGGCGCGAGUACUUCGGGGAGCACAUCCGCUGCAUCAGCGACGGCGGCGUCCCGGAGCACGUCAUCCAGACCUACUGCUUCUUCAUGGCUACCUUUACUAUUGUCCGGCACUACAACGAGACCCUACUACAAAGCGGCUUCCUCCCACACCCGGGGGUCGGCCCGAUUGCCGGCUCGGACGAGACGCUGCACCACACCUACUACCAGUGGGUGCCCUUCGUGCUGUUCCUGCAGUCCAUGGCCUUCUACUUGCCGCACUCCAUAUGGAAGAAGAAGGAAGGCGGUCGAGUGAAGGCGCUCGUGGAUGGACUGCAGAUGGCCAGGAUCGCCAUCGAAGACGACGACAUGCAAGUAAACGGACAGAAUAUUCCCUCCAGAAGUACUCUGGAGAAGCGCCUCGACAUCAUCAGGAAGGAUAUCGUGUUGAGGCUCCGCAUCACCCGCACGUGGUCCGUGUGGCUGGUCUCCAUGGAAGUCGCCAACCUGCUGAACAUCAUCCUGCAGAUCUACUUGACAAAUAAGUUUCUGAACGGACACUUCUACGUUCUCGGCCUCUCGCUGUUCAAUGUCAACUGGAACACCAUCGCUGAUCCUCUAGAGACUGUGUUCCCCAAGGUGACGAAGUGCAUCUUCCACAAGUACGGCCCCAGCGGCUCCAUCCAGCAGCACGACGCGCUGUGCGUGAUGGCGCUCAACAUCAUCCACGAGAAGAUCUACACGCUGCUGUGGUUCUGGUUCUUCUUCCUCCUCCUCGUCUCUAUCAUUGCGGUGGCGUGGCGCAUAUCCACGUUCUACCUGUACCGGCGCUCCCCUCGGUUCAACGAGAUGAUGUUCAAGCAGGUCAGCUCCAGCAAGUUCGACCCAUACACCGUCAUCAGCGUCGUCAACGGCUGCCAGUUCGCUGACUGGCUGUUCCUCUACUACCUGGCGAAGAACAUGAACGGAUUUGUGUUCCAGGAGCUCUUCAAGCGUCUAGCCGAGGAGCUAUCGACCAGAGACAUGCCGUUCGACCAGGACGGCCACGAGGAGUCGGGAGCCACGCCCGUGCUGGUCGGCCGAGUGGACUACGACGACGAGACCCUGCCGCUGAAGGAUGCCAAGAAGGCCAGCUAACAACGAGGCCGUUAUUAUUCUGAGGUCAGCUAACUACCCUGGGGUUGCUAGGUGAA